ACGUAAUUAUGAAACUAGGAAAAGAAUAGCCAAUCUUGCCUUUAACUACUCAGAACUAAAUAGUAUAUAUUUAUUUUAUUUUCGAAGAUUGACUGAAAACAAAUGUAUUGUUGGCAUCAUCAUGAAAAGCGAGAAAUAAACAGUCUCAAGCCAUUAAAACCAUUUGGCAUUCCACUGUUGCCAAAUUAACUCUUAAGAAAUGUCCCGCAAUUCGGGAUCCGUUUAGAUGUUACGAAAUGAAAUGCAAAGCUGCGUCGCCUUUUGGAUGCUUAAUUUUAUUGUGUCAAGCCAAACGCGGCAGUUAACGUUUGCGCGGGAAACGAACGCGCGCGCCAUUAAAAUCGCCUCUUCUACAAUUCGGCUUUAUUGUGUAAGGUUUUGUGCAUAAAGUGGUGUUUAUAAGGAUCGAUACUAGUUUCCUGGCGAAACAAAUUCCAAUCUCAACAUGAACAAGAAAUCUCAUAAGAAAAAGCACAAGAAACGCGGAAAGCACGAAGUAAGAAACAAAGAAAACGCUAUAGAAGAAGUGUUGGAUGUAGAAGUUAAAGAAAACGAAAAGGAUUCAGCGGAAACUGAAAAGGAAAAGAACAAACCAUGCUACGAAAUCAAACAGUCGGAUGUUAUGGGAAGAUACGUGGUGGCCAGUCGAGAUAUAAAACCGGGCGAGGUGAUUGUGGAAGCUCAGGCGCUAGCUGUGGGUCCAUGCAGCGGCUGCGGGCUUAUCUGCCUAGGCUGCUACAGAGAGCUCGACGAGAGCAAUAUAUACAAAUGUACAGGUUGCAACUGGCCAUUGUGCAGUAAGAGCUGCCCAGGCGUAGGGUAUUAUACUGGACACUCGAGCUACGAGUGUGAAGCUUUGAAGGACUCGUCACCAAGUUACGCGAACAUUGAGGAGCUGAAGGAAUGCUACCACGCCCUCAUGCCAUUGAGAUGCCUUCUUCUCAAAACGGCAGACCCUGAAAAGUGGGAAGGGGUCAUAGCCAUGGAGGCUCACAACGAAUUACGCAAGUCCCGGGGUGACAUAUGGCCGGCAAACGAGAGGAAUGUUGUCCAGCGGUUGAAGAGCUGGGGUUUCAAGUUCGAUGACGUGGAGAUACACACUGUUUGUGGGAUAUUGGAGGUGAACGCAUUCGAAGUCGGUGGCAACGGAGCGAACGCGCGCGCGUUGUACGACGGUGCGUUCCUAUUGGCCCACGACUGUACGCCGAGCACAACGCACACGGACGCAGAGCGGGCGCCCGGAAGACCUCUCACGGUCAGGGCCUCGGUGGCGCAUCGGGCGGGAGACCUCGUGUCGCUAUGCUAUGCUUAUACCUUACAGGGAACCCUAAAGCGUCGUGAACAUAUCCGCCUGAGCAAGUUCUUCGAAUGUCACUGCAGACGUUGUUCAGAUCCCUCGGAGUUGGGCACUUUCGCGAGUGCCUUCCGCUGUCCCAGGUGCUCCGGCAGGAUCCUCUCCACCGCACCUUUGGAGCCCAAAGCCCCCUGGAGGUGCCUGGACAAUGCAUGCACCUACACCAUGACCGCGGGGGGAGUUCAGGCUAUGCUCAAAAGGUUAACAGAAGAAUUGGAGCAAAUAGACGCGAACGACGUGGACGGCUUCGAAAAGUUCCUCCACAAGUAUCGCAACGUGCUCCACGACAACCACUACCUGUGCCUGUCCGCUUUGCACUCGCUGAGCCAACUCUACGGCAAAAUCUCCGGCUUCAUGAUUCACGAGAUGCCGGAGUCCCAGCUGCACAGGAAGAUCGAGAUCUGCCGCGACCUGAUGAAGGUCUUCGACGUCAUCGAACCGGGAUACUCCAGGUUACGAGGUAUAACAUUGUAUGAGCUUCAUGCUCCUCUGAUGGUGCUCACCACGAGGGACUUCGAGAGGAAAGCCAUCACCAAAGAUAAUCUCAGGACCAGAUUAAAAGAGAUCGUGAGUUAUUUAACGGAGUCUGCGCUAAUCCUUGAUUUCGAGCCGAAACAGUCCCCCGAAGGCCUCAUGGCAACAGCAGCGAGGGACGCUCUUGACAAGAUCAAAACUUGGGAACAAAUUAUUGGGAAAAUAUCAUAAUAUUGAAUUAUAUGUUUUUUUUUAUUUUAAUAUCAUCGACAAACCAACAGUCGGAAAGACUGAAAAAGAUUUCUUUUUCAAUACAUAUUUAGUGAUGUUUUAGUCAAAUACUGAGUAAUUUAAUUAUUUAAUCGGUUAAAAUCAAAACAGAAAUAAUAAAAAAAGGGAAUUUUGAAGGUUAUAGUUCUAGAAAAUAAGUUUAAAAUAAAUAAAUGCUUAAAAAGCUGAACCCUUGUUCUUGACGUUAUCGUGAUGUAAAUCGGAACUGUUUUUAAAUAGAUUUAUAUUGAAGUGUUAAAAAAAUAUCAAAUACACAAUGGCUUCAAAUUAUUAUGUAUACCAAAUAUACAUAUAUAUAUUUCCUUUUCAUGUGUGUCAAAUCUCGAUAUUCUCUUAAAUUAUAUUUUCUUGACAUUGUUGGAUGUUGUGUUUGUACUUAUUUAUGACGCAAUGAAAUGUAAAAUUAAAUAAUUCUUUAAAAGUGGCGGUAUAUUUUUUGAAUAAUAUAUACUUUUUCUGUACUUUCAACUAAUAAAUACACUUUGAGACAAAA